CUUGCCGAAGAAAUCGUAGAGGUGUGUCCAUUUAUUUAGAUAUAAUAUAUUUUUUAUCGAUAUAAUCUCCAUGGAUAGACGAUAUGAAUUAAUAACGGUGACGCCAUCGGUUUUGCUUCAUACCUGACAUUUUUCAAGAACAAUGGAAGAGUAAUGAGCAAAAAAUUUGGAGUUUUUGCAAUUGGUCUUAACAUUCAAUCCUGACAAUCGAAAAUCACUUUGCGUCAUAUGGAAACUUUCUGACAAGGGAGGUGUGAAUGUUAUAAAACCUCUUGUUAGGUGAAAGGGCGCAUUGCAUUUUAUGUUAAGGUGAAGUGCAGAUUUGUGAGGUUGUAUUUACCAAUUUACCGUCCCAGAAGAUAACCGUAUUUAGGAUAUGGAGCCUGACAGAAAGAACAGAAUCAUUCCAGGUUCUCUCCUCUUGGGAACCCUUUUAGGUGGUGUGGUGACGUUUGGGACACUGGCCUACCUGAUGACCCGAACGGGGGACAAGAACGGAGUCUUCAACGUCCUCCGCGGUAUGCUGAAGAAGAGGCUCUUCGGCGGGGAGCAGCAGUCCGAGUCAUCGAGGUCCUCGUCGGCCUUCUUCCCGGAUCUCAAGAACCCGAGGAAAACAUUCUUUGACGAUCCCACGUUCUUCGCCAAAGUUGAAUAAAGGGUUUUAAAGCAUCGUUUUGUAUUAUUUGUAUUUGUAUACGUUUUAAGAUGCUGAAAGAUUUAGGUUUACUGAGAUUCGAUAAAUUAUAUAAUGACCUAAGACC